AUGAUUGAGAGUGAGAGAGAAGCGUUUGUUGUUGUGAAAGAAGAAAGACUUGACAAAUUGCACAAAUCGCUUAAAGAGAUCAAUGACACUUAUUUCAAGUUCAAAUUGACAUUGGCAGACUUGCCAAUUGGGCAGGAGAGUGUCGAAAAGAUUGUGAAAAGUGUUGAGGAUUAUAUCGGAUCAGAAAUACACACACGCACGAU